CCAAAGAAGGGUGUUUUUCUGAGCCAGUGUAGAGUGCAGCCAUCUCUGUCAUCGGUCUGUAUCCUGUUAUUCUCCGUUGUUUGUGACUUUAACACAUAUUCAGGAGUGACGACCGCUCGGAUCGUUCUCGUUUUCUCGGCUGGCUCUCUCGCCAGCUGCAUCUCGUCGGGAUGGACCCGGCAAGCCGAUACCAAGUGCUGCACAAUGAGGAUGACUCUUCAGAGGCCUCGACCAGCGAGCAGCAGCCGUGCACCUCUGCCACAGCCCAGGCCGGUACGUCCAGCCAGGAAGCCUCGGUGGCGGCGGGGGAAGCGUCGGGGUCACAUACUCAGGGGGAGGCAGAGGCAGAUGCACCUCCACCUCCUUACGCCUCCAUAGACCUGGGAGCAACCGCUGCAAUACCAGAGACUAGUUACCGAGGUGAUUUCCCUGUCCCUCCGCCCUACAGCGUUGCCACCUCGUUGCCCACGUAUGACGAGGCGGAGAAGGCCAAAGCCGCCGCCCUGGCAACCUCCACCGUGGACGUGAUGCCACGGGAUGAUGAAUUCCCUCCCAGAGAUGAUUUCAGUGACACUGAUCAGCUUCGAGUUGGCAACGAUGGAAUCUUCAUGUUGGCCUUUUUCAUGGCCUUCCUGUUCAACUGGAUCGGGUUCUGCCUGUCCUUCUGUCUGACCAACACCAUCGCAGGACGCUACGGCGCCAUCUGUGGCUUCGGCCUUUCCCUCAUCAAGUGGAUUCUUAUCGUCAGGUUCUCCGACUACUUCACUGGUUACUUUAAUGGUCAAUACUGGCUCUGGUGGAUCUUCCUGUUGCUCGGUCUCCUGCUGUUCUUCAGGGGUUUCGUUAACUAUCUUAAAGUCCGUAACAUGUCAGAGAACAUGGCCACAUCUCAUAGAACACGCCUCUUCUUCCUCUACUGAAAGGUUUCUUCAGCGCCACCAUUCCUUACCGACAUGAAGUUCCCUCCCUCCCCCCCCUCAAAUGACCUGAACGACGAGCCUUGCAGCGAAGAGAGGAACCGGGGAAGGAAUGAAGGAAAGACGUAGGGAGAAAGAGUUACCAGUCUCAUUAAAAGCAUAACACGGCUCACUCUGAACCGCACCCCGAAAAAAGAAAUAAGUCUCUGAUGAUCAGACACCUUCCCUGGCUUUGUUUUGGUUUUUGAUUUUCCUUUUGACUCAAAGCUCUUAAAGCAGUUUGAAAGAAAGCAGUCCCACGUACUCGUCAUGUCAUGUGUUUUUGAGAUACAUAACCUUAGUUAACCGAGGCAUAUUCAGCCGCCUAAAAUGAGUUAUCUAAUAGUUAGGAGUCGCGGAAACGUUAAAGCACAAUGAAACUAUUUGAAUAAGGCGUCUUCAAUGAAGGAAACAUAAACGUUACCGUUGCUCGUUUCCUAGGAUAUUGCUCUCCCUGAGUAAACAAACAAGACAUCCGUGUUAUCAGCUAAUAUAUGAUUGAAUGAAAACCUCUUGCCAAUAACAUUCAGAAUUUUAAAAUAGAAAAUUGGCAGGAAGUGGAAACCUACUCUGAGCCUCUGAUAUUCAAAUCUCCCCUCCAGCUUUGCAUCCUGUUUGACCUGUUUCACUUCACAAUGUAUCUCCUAACUGUUUUUAGCACAAGCUUUGCCAUUCCACAUUCUACAAGUUGAGGGUGCUUUGAACAAGUCUUACUUUAACCGUGAUGUAGCAUUUUUGCACCCUUUACUUCUGCUUCAGCUUGACAGUGUGAAUCCUUCUAACAUCUCAGCCUCUCUACCCGGGGAAAAAAAAUUAAGGAAGCUCAGAGGAAAGAUGGAAGAUUUUCAUCUCAAGGGCACUCAAGUGUGCGUGUGUGAAUAAAAGCAGACGUGCAUUGAUCAGUUUACAUAUCACAGACCCUGAUGCUUUUAGUGUUUUUAAACCAGACACACCAGACUCGCCCGAGUAUUUCCUCUAACAGAACCUGACAAAAUAUGACUAAGGACAGAAAACAGCUGUUAAUGGAAACUCUUUCUUAUCAGCAUAUUUUUUGAGACAACUAAUCAUUAAAAUGAAGCUAUGACCUUUGCACUUUGGGUUUUUUUUUUUUUUUUUUGAAACAAUGCUCUUAGCCACAGAACGGAGGACGGCACUGAAAGUCAGUGGAAUGUUUCUCACAUUAUCUCAGUUUGAAUCAAAGAAAAAUGAAAAAAUGUCUGCCAAACUACCAAAACCAAAACCUCAUCAUCUGUUCCUCACAAUAUGUUUCAGUAAAAUACAUUUGUCACCUUUUUUGGAGUUCAGUUUAUCACAACAGAUCUGUCAAACAUGACCUGCUUUUUUACUUCGCAAACUCCACUCUUGAUUGCCAAAAUACGUCUGGCUAAACUGUCUGUGAGCUGCCGAGGAGCGCAGCUAAUCAGCGAAGCAUCCUCGGACAAAUUAGUGUUUUUAGAACACACAGGCUGCUUCAGUCGGCCCGGAGGCAGGACUGUGUGCGAAGUGAGCUCCUGCUUCAGAGCUGCAGUAAACUGAUAAUAAGCAUUUUAAAUACAGCUGUGUGCCAGGCUUGAGUAAAACUCUUUGGAAUAAAAGAGUUGUAUGCAAUUUAGUUAUUUUGUGAUGACCUACAAUAGUUGUGAAGUCCUGUGAUCAUGGGUUAGGUGUAGUUGAAUAGUUUAGUCAUCAGAGAUGGAGAUCAGGUUCAUCCCAGAGGUGCUCAUUGAACAAGCUGCACAGUGUGUGUGUGUGUGUGUGUGUGUACCGUGCACACUUGCCAACAUAAUUAUUUUAAAUCACCAGUAAAUCGGAGGAAAAUGCAAUAAAAGCUCCUAAAAUGUGACUGGUUGAGCAUGUUGUGCAUGACUUAGUGAACACACGGAUCUGUGGGAUUUGGGCUUUUAUGAUUCGAGUCUAAUUUUCUUUUCAUGGAGCGAGAAGUUUUUCGGUGGUGUAACGCGGCUCGUUUUUAGGAAGGUGGCGGCCGUGUGGAGAAAUCGUGUGAUAAAGUGAGAAUAGUAUCAGCCGAUGUUGCCAAUUCUCACGAGUGUAACAGCGAUGGAGUCGGGGGAGACUGUCCAGUGUGGGCGCAGCAGUCUAUGAGCUGGUGCGACAUAUAAAUGGAGCCGGACUGGACAAAGAAAAACAUGCUUCGUUUGAUUAUUUUUGUCAUCCAUAAAAUAAAAAAUGUAUAUACCAGCUUAUGCCAAUUCAUAAUAUUUGCACUUUGAAGAACUUCUGUACAGUAUGAUUUGUGAAUCUGCUUAACUUAGUAUGGUGGAAAGAGAAAAAAGAGAAAAAAAAAAUGUUAUCUUAGCCAUCCAAGUUUUACAACUGGAAUUCUUAAUCAUCCCAAAUGGACAAUUUGCCUUUUGCACUUUUUUAUUUUUCAAUAAUUAUGAGAUUGUUAUUUUGUGUCUUGUUUUAUCGCUUUUUAGCAUAAACUGUGACAGCUUCAGUUUUGCUCAACUUUUUUUCUUUUGACUCUACUCAUAUCCGACUAAAGCCUCUUUCAGCAAUAUCAAGGUCUGUCUGUAUGAAUUAAAGGUCAGCUGCAUGAUUUAUCCACCUGAAUGAGUGGGGUAAUAUUAGGAUUAAUCUAGUACAGUGACAUUUCUUUGUAUAUAAAUGAAGAAAAAAUGAGACGGCAGCCAAACUGUUUUUUUUGUUUCUUUUGUUAAAGAUGAUCCUUGUAACGUCUUCUGAAACAGUUGUUAUGCAUUUAUUGUAACUGGAAUUGAAAUGAUUUGAUUUCUUGCAAAAAUGCCAAUAAAGUUAAAAAGCCUGUCGAUUAA